AGAAAUCAGUUUUUGUAUAUUGGAAAAUAGAAGAUGAAUGAAUAUGGCGUGCGCUUUGCAAAGGGUUUUUCUUUGCAUGAGGCGCUAGCAAUUAUAGAAGAUGACGACAUUGAAGCUGAGUCUAUCACUUUGUUACCCCUCAUUAAUGCAUGCGGUAACAUAACCGACAAGGAUUCUGGAGACGAAAAGACUGGAUAUCAACAACUUGCCAGGAAGCUUAAUGCAAGCUGAGGUCGAAAUAAAUAAGAAUCAAAACGAUGAUAUGUGGAGUCC